AUGGGCAAGUCUACAUCAUCGUCAAAGAAGAGCUCCUCUAAGGACUCAUCCAAGGCUUCUAAGAAGGCCAUCAAGAAGGAAGAAACCGUCAAGAAGGAAUCUAAGUCUAAGGUUGUCAAGAAGUCCAAUGACUCUGACUCUUCCGACUCUGAAUCUGAAUCUGAACCCGAAUCUGAAGACGAGAAGGAAGAAGUUAAGAAGGCCCAGAAGGAAGAGUCUGAGUCUGGUUCCGACUCUGAUUCCGACUCUGACUCUGACGAGGAAGAGACCAAGGAAGAAGCCUCUUCUUCUGAGGAAUCCGACUCCAAGAAGAGAAAGGCUGAGGAUGAAGAGGAAUCCUCUGAAGAAACUAAAAAGCCCAAGACUGAAGAAGCUCCCGUUGAAGAGGAGGAGCCUGAGUCCUGCACUGUCUUUGUUGGCUCCCUUUCCUGGGGCGUUGAUGAUGACAAGCUUUGGGAAACCUUCAGUCACAUUGGUGAGGUUGUCGGUGCUCGUGUUCUUACUGAGAAGGGCACCAACCGCAGCAAGGGCUUUGGCUAUGUUGAUUUCAAGACCCCUGCUGAAGCCCAAAAGGCUGUUGAUGAGAUGAAUGGCCAGGAGGUUGACGGCCGUACCAUCAAGGUUGAUAUUUCUAAGCCCAAGAAGCCCCGUGAUAACUUUGGUGCUUCUAACGAGCGUGCCAACAAGUACGGUGACUCCAUGUCUCCUGAAUCUAGCACUCUGUUUGUUGCCAACCUGAGCUUCAACACUUCUCGUGAUGACCUCUUCAACACCUUUGGUGAGUUUGGCAGCGUCCAGUCUGUCCGUAUCCCAACCAACCCUGACACUGGCCGCCCCCGUGGCUUUGCCUAUGUUGAGUUUGAGUCUGUCGACCAAGCCAAGUCUGCCAUUGACUCGCUCCAGGGCUCAGACCUUGCUGGCCGUCCCAUCAGACUUGAUUACACUUCCCCCCGUGAUAACAAUGGUGGUGAUAACAACAGAGGUGGUUUCCGCGGUGGCCGUGAUGGCGGUUUCCGUGGUGGUCGUGGCGGUGGCCGUGGUGGCCGUGGUGGCAGCCGUGGUGGUUUCCGUGGUGGCCGUGAUGGUGGUUUCCGCGGUGGCCGUGAUGGUGGUUUCCGUGGUGGCCGUGAUGGCGCUCCCAGCCGUGGUGCCAACACUGCUGAGUUUAAGGGCAAGAAGACUGUUUUUUAA